GCCAUUUUCCUCUGCCCUUCUGUCCCGAGCAGUGUGUAGCCACUGAGGGGCCUCAGCCGGGACCGCAUUGCGAGUGGCUAGUCAGGACCGAGCAGGGGAGGAGGAUAGGAAUCCCCGCCGCACCUUUGUACGAGCCUGACUGAGCCUGACCGCCUCCAGGGGCUUGUUCCUGGGUCGUCGUGAAGCCGCGGUCUCUCCUCCCCCGCCCUUCAGCCCCGCGGUCGCCAGGGGCGGCGCCCUGGGUCUGGAACGCGGUUGCCACCGAGGAGGCGGCGGCCCCGAACGCGCCUGGAAGCCCCGGGCAACCGGCCAGGGCCGGGCACAGGUGGGGUCCAUCAAGCCGCCCGGGGGUCUUUUGUCCCAGCUCUGCGGCCCAGGGGGUGACGUGAUGGCGGCAGCGGUGCUGACGGACCGGGCCCAGGUGUCUGUGACCUUUGAUGAUGUGGCUGUGACUUUCACCCAGGAGGAGUGGGGGCAGCUGGACCUAGCUCAGCGGACCCUAUACCAGGAGGUGAUGCUGGAAAACUGUGGGCUCCUGGUGUCUCUGGGGUGUCCUAUUCCCAGACCUGAGCUGAUCUACCACCUACAGCAUGGGCAGGAGCCAUGGACCAGGAAGGAAGACCCCUCCCAAGACACCUGUUCAGGCGACAAAGGAAAACCUAAGACCACAGAACCUACCACUUGUAAGCCAGCCUUGUCAGAGGGAAUCUCACUUCAGGGACAACUGACAGAAGGAAACUCAGUGGACUCCCAGUUGGGGCAAGCCGAGGAUCAGGAUGGGCUAUCAGAAAUGCAGGAAGGACACUUCAGACCAGGAGUAGAUCCCCAGGAGAAGCCUCCUCGGAAAAUGAGCACUGAAUGUGAUGGUUUAGGGACAGCUGACGGUGUGUGUUCGAGGAUUGGACAGGAGCAAGUCUCUCCAGGAGAUACAGUUCACAGCCAUAACUCAUGUGAGUCCGGUAAAGAUCCCAUGAUGCAGGAAGAGGAAAAUACCUUUAAAUGCAGUGAGUGUGGAAAAGUAUUUAACAAGAAACACCUCCUUGCUGGACAUGAGAAAAUUCACUCUGGAGUGAAGCCCUAUGAAUGCACAGAAUGUGGGAAAACCUUUAUUAAGAGCACACAUCUCCUGCAACAUCACAUGAUCCACACUGGGGAGAGGCCCUAUGAGUGCAUGGAGUGCGGAAAGGCCUUCAACCGCAAGUCAUACCUUACCCAGCACCAGCGGAUUCACAGUGGAGAGAAGCCUUACAAGUGCAAUGAAUGUGGAAAGGCCUUCACCCACCGCUCCAAUUUUGUCUUGCAUAACAGGAGACACACGGGAGAAAAAUCCUUUGUGUGCACAGAAUGUGGGCAAGUCUUUCGACACAGGCCAGGUUUUCUCCGGCACUAUGUUGUUCACAGUGGUGAGAAUCCCUACGAGUGCCUGGAGUGUGGCAAGGUCUUCAAACACAGGUCAUACCUCAUGUGGCACCAGCAGACUCACACCGGGGAGAAGCCCUAUGAGUGCAGUGAAUGUGGGAAGGUCUUCUUGGAGAGCGCAGCCCUGAUUCACCACUAUGUCAUCCACACUGGGGAGAAGCCCUUUGAGUGCCUCGAGUGUGGGAAAGCUUUCAACCACCGAUCAUACCUCAAGAGGCACCAGCGGAUUCACACUGGGGAGAAGCCCUUCGUGUGCAGUGAAUGUGGAAAGGCCUUCACCCACUGCUCUACUUUUAUAUUGCAUAAAAGGGCCCACACUGGAGAAAAGCCUUUCGAGUGCAAAGAAUGUGGGAAAGCCUUUAGCAAUCGGAAAGACCUCAUUCGCCACUUCAGCAUCCACACUGGAGAGAAGCCCUAUGAGUGCGUGGAGUGUGGAAAGGCCUUCACGCGCAUGUCAGGCCUCACGAGGCACAAGCGGAUUCAUAGUGGAGAGAAGCCCUAUGAAUGUGUUGAGUGUGGGAAAUCGUUUUGCUGGAGCACAAACCUCAUUCGACAUGCCAUCAUCCACACUGGAGAGAAGCCGUAUAAAUGCAGUGAAUGUGGAAAGGCCUUCAGUCGCAGCUCAUCCCUCACUCAGCAUCAAAGGAUGCAUGCUGGGAAAAAUCCCAUCAGUGUAACAGAUGUGGGAAGACCUUUUACAGGUGGACAAACCUCAGUUACCCUUCGAGAACUUCUUUUAGGAAAGGACUUUUUGAAUGUAACCACUGAGGCAAAUGUGUUGCCAGAGGAAACAUCUUCCUCUGCGUCUGAUCAACCAUACCAAAGAGAAACCCCUCAGGUGUCUUCACUGUGAGAAAAACCUGUUGCUGAAUAUUACUUGUCAUCUGAAGAGUCAUAUUAGAAAUUCAUUCAGUCUAGAGCCUUAUUCUCCAUCUGAUAAUUUAUCCUGGAGAGAGACCCAGUCGUUAUUGUGCACAUAGGAAAACCUUCAGCUGCAUCUUUCUCCUUAGUUUACAGUGCAAUGUUAUCUCAGGAAUUAUUUUUAAAAGGAGAAGGAGACAUAGAAAAAAAUGAAAUGCAAGCACAGAUUUUUUCAGACUUCUCAGCCAAGCCUAUGGUGCUUUGUCAUAGAUUUCUUAAUGUGUUUGGGGAAGGGAAAUGUUUCAAGGUAAAGGGCCUUGACCCUUUUUGUGCUUGUGUGUACAUUUAUUGCUAUCCAGUGUCAGAAUUGUUAGUUUAGGAAAAGUCUGCAAACUUUAAUCGCACAUCUUCUGUGUUCCACAAUAGUACUUACUCUUGAGAAGCGUAAUUUUAUGACAACUUAGGAGGUUUGAGCCAUGAAAUACUCACAUUUAAGUCAGUAAGGAUACACAUAUUAACACUCAGGCUUUUUUCUUGAUGCCCAUCUUUUGGUUUAUUUCAUCACUGUAGCCGUAUGGUAAAUUUUUAUUUUUUUAAAUUUUAAAAAAUUACUUAGCUCAAAAUGUCAAUGGUAAAUUUUUAAAUUGAGUAAAGUGAUUCUUCUUUGCUCUUUAAAAUUGACAGCAUUUCUAGUUCCUUUGACAUUCCAUAUAAUUUUUAGGAUUAGUUUGUACGUAUUUACAAAAGUCUUAGAUUUUUACAGAAAUUGAGUUAAAUCUGUGGAUUAAUCUGUUAAGAAUUGGUAUCUUUACUGUGUUGGGUUUUGUAGUUCAUGAGUUCAGGAGUAGGUCUCUUAAUUUAUAAUAGCUAAGCAUUCCUCAAAGUAUUUCAUUAAUGUUAAAAUUUUCAGCAUAUAGAUCCCUAUGCAUUUUUGUUAGAAUUUGCAUCCUAGUGUGCUUUUGUGUGUGUGUGUGUGUGUGUGUGUGUGUGUGUGUGUAAUUUGAGUGAUUGUAAAUGGCAUUGAUGUUUGAACUUAGAAUUGCACACAAUUUUUGGUAGUAUACAGAAAUACAAUUUUUUGGACAUUGUUUUGCUACCCUGCAACCUUGCUGAGUUCACUUAUUAUUUUUAGCUAAUUCUUCUGACAGAGUCGUUGGACUUUUCUAUAUAGACAUGUCAUCUGCAAAUACAGACCAUUUUUUAUCUUU